UUGAUAUUGCGAGGAUGGUUUAGACCUUACUCAAAUUAUCGCAUGAUGUGCUCCAUUGAGUUCAGAUAAUACAAACGCCUUUGGAGACACUAAAGUAUAUUAGAUAGUUUAAGAAGCUACAGCUAUAAGCAAGCAAAUAAAUUCAAGCUAAUAGUAACCGAGUAUGAAGAAGUAUCCGUUACUUAUCAUCCUCGUUGUACUGGUAAAUGUUGAGGACACUAAAUCCCAGCAAGAUUUAACCAUACAGGACAAAUCAAAGGGUGAACCUGUCGUUCAGGCUGUGGUUGAUGCCAUUAGAAGCCAUUGUAUAUUUGCCUCGGAUCGCUUGUUUUUAAGACGUUUAGCUCUGGUUCAAUCUAACGAUGGGGAAGAUUCUAAAACUUAUAGAGAUGGUUAUCAUGGUGGAAUCUGGCAGAUUGAUGAGGACAAGUACAACCAAACACAGACCUGUCCUGGUAUUCUGGAAAAUGUUUGUGAAAUUAUUGAAACCAGGCUGGAAAUCAACUGGCAGACGACCACGUGGAGAGAUUUACGUAAACCUUUGUAUUCCGGCCUGGCUGCUUCACUGUACGUCAUGUAUAAGUCUAACAUAUCAUUGAACACCACAGACGGAAUAUCAGGAAAUCGGAUGCAACAGUCGCUGAUCUGGAAGACUUUGUUUGCUCCGGGAGUAGAUGCGUCGACCUUUAUAAAUAUUACUGAAGCAAAUAAUGAUGUUUGCAAGAAAGCGAUAGAUUUAGCGUUUAUUAUCGAUGGCUCCGGCAGCAUUGGAGCUACAAACUUCAACAUAAUUAGGCAAUUUAUGAUAGAAGUCACAAACCGUUUGGAUAUCAGCCCGAGAGAAACCCAAGUAGCUGCCGUUCAGUUCAGUUCUAGUGCCAGGAAAGAGUUCUAUUUAAAUGACCAUUCUACAGAGGGGAGCUUAAACCAGGCUAUUAAUGGAAUAGCUUACAUAGGUAGUGGUACCAAUACAGCUACCGGACUAAAUCUUGCUGCAAAUCAGGUAUUUGUUCCCGAGAAAGGAAUGAGAAAUCAUUCUGCAAAGGUAGCGUUGGUAGUAACGGAUGGACGGUCUAGUAGUCUGAUAGCCACAGAAGCAGCUUCUCUAAUAUUAAAAUCUAAAGGAGUAACAGUGUUCGCUAUUGGUGUUGGAAGUGGAAUAAAUGAAAAUGAAUUAAAGGCCAUCUCAUCCGAUCCUGAUUGCACCCAUGUUUUCAUUUUGAAAGAUUUUUCAGAAGUUGAGACCAUCAUUAACGCAAUACAGAAACGUGCAUGUCAAGGUCUACUAGUACUUGAACGCGACCCUGUUGAUGACUCUGGAGAAAUAGAAAAAGAUAUACCUUUUACAGGGAAUGAAACAACAGUAAACCUCGUCAUUCCAGCACCACCCACAAAUUCUUCAGCUAAUUCCACUAAUACUACAACCCUUGUUACAGACGUAUCAUGUAGUGUGGUGUAUAUCUAUGCGUCUUAUGACUCAACUCAUCCAAGCGCUGCUCUCUAUUCUUAUAGUGAUGUAGCUCUAGCGGGAUCACCAUCAGUGAUGACGAUAAACGAUGAAAAUGGUCGACCUCUAUACAUCACCUACGAGGGUGAAAAAUACAACCCGACUGCCACCAAGACGGCUGUAGGCUGUGAUAAUCCUACUAUAAAUACAAAGAUUAUACAGGGUAAAAAGGCUGGUGCUGAUAUAACGUGUCUAGAAAAUGGCGUAGAAAGGGAAUGUACUCCUCUUGAUUUUCAAUUAAGUCAAUUUUAUAAAUACACGCAAAAGAGUGAAGUAGUGAAUGUUGCGAAUCCUUGUUACAGAGGAAAUGAUGUUUCUGAUCCGACCAAAGCUUUCCACCAGAAUCCUCUCGACUCUACCAAAUUGAUCAAAUGUGAUGUUGAGGGUAAUAUGUAUGUCAUACAAUGUCCAAGUGGAGAAGAAUACCAUCAAGACAGGUUCACGUGUGGUGACAAUAAUAUAUUACCUAUAGAUCUUGGUGUACCUUUGGUAUCGGGAAACACCCUCAUCCAAGAAUCAAGUGCGCCAGUUCCUAAGUUGUUGGAGGCAGUCAAUAGCAUAUAUAAUCUAGCAUUAACUAUCCAAACCGAAUUACAGAACAAGGGAUCAGGACCUGAGCUGACUUGUAAAAAGGACAACAAACCACAGAACUGUACUUUAUUUGACGUCCAGACCAGUCAGUACAACACGUUCUUGUUAAAAGAUUCGUGGUUGGGUGUUCCAAAUCCAUGUGAACCGAAUGCUAAUCUGACAGUUAACAGCAAUCGUCUACACAUAAACGACCUUGAUCCCAAGAAGUUUAUAAUUUGUGUUGAACCCAAUACAAUGUAUGUUACCCAAUGUCCUGGUAACCGGACAUACGUCCCUGACUCGUUCAUCUGUAGAGAAUAAGCUUUGAAUAAUAAUGGUUAUGCUUAGUUACAUUAGCUACAUUUUGUUAUUAAUAUUUUAAAAUGUAUUUCUGCCCUUGGUUUCGUUAAGUUACAUGAGCUACAUUUUGUUAUUAAUAUUUUCAAGUUUAUUGCUACCCUAGGUUAAUUAUUUUUAGUAUUUUUUAUUUUUAGUAUUUUAAAGCUUAUUUCUACCCUUGGUUAAAUAUAGUUACAUAAGCUACAAAUUUAUUUUUAAUAUUUUAAAGUGUAUUCCUACCCUUGGUUAAAUAGUAACAUGAGCUACAUUUUGUAGUUAAUAUUUUAAAGUGUAUUUCUGCCCUUGGUUUCGUUUAGUUACAUGAGCUACAUUUUGUAAUAUUUUAAAAUUUAUUCCAUCCCAUGGUUAAUUAUAGUUACAUGAGCUACAUUUUAUUUUUCAUAUUUUAAAGUUUUUUCCUACCCUUGGUUAAAUAUAGUUACAUAAGCUACAAAUUUAUAUUUAAUAUUUUAAAGUGUAUUUGGUUAAAUAUGGUUACACGAGCUACAAUUUAUUAUUAAUAUUUUAAAGUUUAUUGCUACCCUUGGUUUCGUUUAGUUACAUGAGCUUCAUUUUGUUAUUAAUUUUUAUUGCCAAAUUUAUUGCUACCCUUGGUUACCUAUAGUUACACGAGCUUCAAUUUAUUAUUAAUAUUUUAAAGUGUAUUCCUACCCUAAGUUAAUUAUAGUUACAUAAGCUGCAUUUUCUUUUUAGUAUUUUAAAGUGUAUUCCUACCCUUGGUUAAAUAUAGUUACAUAACCUACAAAUUUAUUUUUACUAUUUUAAAGUGUAUUCCUACCUUUGGUUAAAUAUAGUAACAUGAGCUACAUUUCGUUAUUAAUAUUUUAAAGUUUAUUGCUACCCCUGUUAAAUAUAGUUACAUAAGCUAUAUUUUGUUAUUAAUAUUUUAAGGUGUAUUCUGGCCCUUGGUUACCUAUAGUUACACGAGCUACAUUUUGAUAUUAAUAUUGUAAAGUGUAUUCCUGCACUUGAUCACCUAUAGUUAAAUGAGCUACGUUUUGUUAUGAAUAUUUAAGGUGUAUUCCUGCACUUGAUUACCUAUAGUUAUACGAGCUGCAUUUUGUUAUUCAUAUUUUAAAGUUUAUUAUUACAGUUAAUUACACGAUCUAUGUUUUGUUAUUAAUAUUGCUACCCUUAGUUACAUAUAGUUACACGAGCUACGUUUUUUUUAAAAUUCUAAAGUGUAUUCCUGCUCUUGGGUGCCUAUAAUUACAUGAGCUAUUUUUGUUAUUAAUAUUGUAAAGUGUAUUGCUACUCUUGCUUACAUAUGGCUACAUGGGCACAGUUUUGUUAUUUUUAAAUUACAUGAUAUAGGUGCUUUAAUUAUAACCCGCAUCAUUGAUAUUUUGAAGUGACAUGAUAUAGGAGCUUUAAGUAUAACCCACAUCAUUUAUAUUUUGAAGUGACAUGAUAUAGGGGCUUUUAUUAUAUUUGUGAUUACAGUUGUUAGUAAUUCAUAUCUAUGCAAUUAAUUACAUUAAAAUCUUAAUAAAGAUAUUACAUAUGGA